AUGAUUCUCCUUCUCUCCAUCGCUUCCCUGCUCUCCGCAGCCACAGAUACGCUAAUGAUUCCCUCAAACCUGGACAGCGGUACAUGUCCCCUGGGUCAGUUCCCAUGCGGCAACCUGUCGUUGUGUUUGCCUCAGCUGCUCCACUGCAACGGACACAAGGAUUGCCCCAAUGGCGCCGAUGAGGACAAUUGUGUGGAUAACAGCGGCUGGCCCAAGCUGUUUGAUACCAUUCAGAGUGCGCGGGGGAACCAGGCAACGCAAGAGGACGAGACACAGGACUAUGAAUGCGUUUUGGACGUUUACCCGGAAGAAUGCGAGUGCCGGAAGCGCUUAGUGAACUGCUCCAGCCAAGGACUUCACUUUGUCCCGGCCGUCUCUUCCAAUGUCACAGCUUUUGAUCUGAAGGAUAACGGAAUAAAGUCGUUGCCUGACGGCGUCUUCCAUCGCUAUCACCAUCUGGAAAAACUCUUUCUACAAAAUAACGAACUGCAAACCAUCUCCCGCCAGGCGUUUUCAGGACUCUUCAGGCUAAAAAUGCUUUUCCUUAGUGACAAUCAGAUCGAGGUUUUGAAGGCUGAAGUCUUUAAGGAUCUUCACUCCUUGGAAUGGCUGAUAUUAGACAAUAACAGAGUCAACAAUAUUCAUCCUGGGGCAUUCAAAGGCCUGAAUUCUUUGUAUUUUCUAUACAUGCUAAACAAUUCCAUAAGUGCAAUACCAAGCAAUUCUUUAUGUGCAGAAAUGCCUCGUCUCAACUGGCUGGAUCUGGAGGGGAAUGAGAUAGAGACAAUCCACAACUCUGUGUUUCAGGAGUGCAUAACUGUUUUGGUCUUGCGCCGAAACAAGAUACAAGAAAUCAAGAAUAAAGCAUUGACCCAAAUGCACAAGCUAGUAGACCUAGACCUUUCUGUUAACCAGAUUGAGGCGCUUUCCCCGUCACUGUUCGCCAACCUGCAAGAACUUCAACAGCUGAAUAUAUCCUUCAAUCCUCUACAUGAGAUUCCACAUAACCAGUUUGAUAUGUUGCCCUGCCUGCAGUCAUUAAUCAUGGAGGGCAUAGAGGUCCGCAACAUCAGUAACCGCAUGUUCUCGAAAAUGGCCAACCUGUCUCACAUAUACUUCAAGAAGUUUCAGUACUGCAGUUACGCCCCGCACGUCCGCAGCUGCAAGCCGAACAGUGAUGGCAUCUCCUCCUUCGAAAACUUGCUGGCCAACAUCUUGCUGCGGGUCUUCGUCUGGGUCAUGGCCUGCGUCACCUGCUUCGGAAACCUGUUUGUGAUCUGCAUGAGAUCAUUCAUAGUCACGGAAAACUGCCAGCACGCCAUGUCAAUCAAAUCGCUCUGCUGUGCGGACUGUCUGAUGGGAUUCUACCUUUUCUGCCUCGGAGCCUUUGACAUCAAGUUUCAGGGAGAGUACAACAAGCAUGCCCAGGUUUGGAUGGAAAGCUUGGAGUGUAAGAUGGUCGGCUCCCUGGCCAUGCUAUCUUCAGAGGUCUCCGUCCUGAUGCUCACUUACAUGACUUUGGAAAAAUACUUUUGCAUCGUCUUCCCAUUCAGCCACUUUCGAGCAGGGCGCGGGCAGACCUUGGGAGCGCUUUUGACCAUUUGGGUGCUCGGCUUCUUAAUUACCAUCAUUCCUUUCCUCAACUACGACACAUUUGGAAAUUUCUAUGGACGGAACGGCGUGUGCUUCCCACUGCAGUCAGACGGCUCGGAGAGGUCUGGAGCUCGGGGAUACUCGGUCGCUAUUUUUCUAGGCCUGAACUUGCUGGCAUUCGUCACCAUCGUCUUCUCUUACAGCAGCAUGUUCUACUCUAUUCAUAACACAGGCGCCAAAACAGCAGAGCGCAGCGUCCUCUCCCGUGAAGUCGCCAUAGCCAAGAGGUUCUUCUUUAUCGUGUUCACGGAUGCCCUCUGCUGGAUCCCUAUAUUUCUUCUGAAAGCCGUUUCUCUCACCAAGGCCGAGAUUCCAGGUACCAUCACAUCAUGGGUUGUGAUCUUCAUACUACCGAUUAACAGCGCUUUGAACCCCAUUCUUUAUACAUUAACAACCUCGUCCUUCCAAGAAAAGCUGAAACAGUGUUUGCAAAGCAAGAGACACCAGUUACAAGAGUCCAGCAAAAGCAGCUUCACGUUAGUAUCUAUCCACACGAACACGGCUUGACCAUGGGCAACCGACAACAGAUCGCGAAGACCACUUGGUUUGGGGGGAACACUUGUAAA